AGCCUGUGUCUCUUCAUCUUUCCUGAGCCCUCCUGUUUUACUUUCCUCAUCAAUGAGAUGCUCCAGAAACUCGCGAGAACGGUUACCGGAACAUGAGGGACUUCAACCUGAGCAGGAAUAACGGACACGUGGCCCACCUCACUUCCACGUCAGCCCAGAAUUUCCUAUCAACCUCGCAGACGUGUCCUUAAUCUCCCGCCGUCACCUUCGCCUUCACUUUCCAUUCCAAAUCUGCGAGUCGUUAUAUGCAAUGCCCCCACUUUCACUGAUAUCAAUUGCUUUGGCAUUAGGACCUUUACUGGUCUCAGCAGGACUGUUUGCUAAGAAUUCGGGAGUUACGAUGUUGGAUCAGAAAGCGUUCAAAAAAGUUAUGAAAGCUGAUGAAACGAGUAUGGUAGCAUUCGUCGCGCCUUGGUGUGGGCACUGUCAAAGAAUGACGCCCGAAUUCAGCAAAGCUGCGAAGAACUUGUCUCCUCUGAUACCGUUCUAUGCCGUCGAUUGCGAUGAUGAUCAAAACAAAUCUCUAUGUGCAGAGCAGGGUGUCCAAGGAUUCCCAACAGUAAAGGUCUUCCCGCGAGGUACAGCCGCGCCACCGAUGCUCUAUCAAGGCGAACGUACCGCCAGUGCAUUCGUCAAUUACGUCUCUUUGCGUGUUCCUCAAAGCAAUAACGCGAAACUUUCGUCAGUAGACGGUGUUGAAGCAUGGAUAGAGAAGACUUCCGAAUCAUCGAAACCUCGUGCUCUUCUUUUGACUAAAGAAAAGAAGGUUCCUACUCUAUGGAAAGUUAUUGCUCAGCGGUAUCAAAAUAGGAUAGAGAUGGGUAUCCACAAAGAUAUUGACGGGAAGUCGGCGGAGAAGUUAUUAGGCAUUGAAGGGGGCGAUGAGUCGAAGGUCUUGGUAUACAACGCUGGUGAAAAGACACCGACGAGAUAUAACGGUAAAACGAAACUAGAGCCAUUGUCAAAGUUUUUCGACGUGUUACUACGUGAAAGUGGCUCAAAGGACGAAGAAGAGCAAGAGCAAGAAAGAAAGCAGAAGCAGAAGGAACAGGAGAAGGAGCAAGAGAAGGAGAAGAAGGAAAAGGAAAAGAGGGGAAAGGAGAAGGAGAAGGAGAAGAAGGAACAAGAGAAGAAGGCAAAGAAAGAGAAAACAAAGAGGGAGAAGGCAAAGGAGCAGGAGAAAGUGGAGAAGAAAGCGGCAGAAAGUGAAAGUACAACACAUGAGAAAGCUUCAGAGGAAUCUGAAUCGAGCGAACGUGUGGCAGAACACCCUAAAGAUGAGCUUUGAUUUCCACAUAUUUACAUGUACAGGCGCUGUAGCGAGAUAAGUUCUGUGCUCCGUAUGGUUAAAAACGUAUUCAAGUAGAUCAACGUCACGACAUGAAGCUCG